AUGUCAAAAGAAAACCACGUAAAUAAUCCAGAUACCGUCGAAGAUACAUCUAGUGCCGUUCGUGAUGAUUCCGAUACGAUCGCAAAAUCUGAUUCUGAAAGUACCGCAAAUGUUACUACCACUUCAGUUACUUCUGUUACAACUUCUUCAAAUGAUAUCUCAAAUCCUCCCACCUCUACUCCUCAACAACCUUCUCCAAAAACUCAAAAACAACCUUCUUCUCAAAAAUCUAUAAGAAAAACAAGAACUUCUAAAGCGGUUAGUACCGCUGAAAAUUCUUCUAAUUCUUCCGUUGAUAAAGUAGAUUCCGUCUCUGCUGCUCCUAUAAAUAUACCGUCCUCCUCUUCCUCCGUUCCUGCUUUCGAUAAUUCAUCUGGUCAAUCUGCUAAUAUUCCUCGUCGUCACUUACCACAAAAAGAUGUAACUCAAGCAAAUAUUGCCAAUCGUUAUGUCGAGUUCAUUUUAUAUUGCAAUCCUUCCGCUCCAUCGGAUUUAGACGUGUCAUCGCUCAUUCGUUCUUUUAAUGCUGUCCCUAAAUCUGAUGGUAAAACUUUUGAAACUUGGGUCCUUUUUCAACUUGUUUCUAAACAUCAUUCUGGUGAAAUAAAAACUUGGACUAAAUUGGCUCAGCAACUUGGUGUUGAACGUACUAGCGGUUCAAGUCCUCAAAAAAUUCAACAAUAUGCCGUGAGGCUAAAA